AUGGCGACCACCUCCAACAUGUUCCUCUACUCCCUCACGAUCCAACCUCCCACCACCAUGAACCAGGCUCUCCUGGGUCAGUUCUCCGGCACCAAAGAGCAGCAGAUUAUCGCCGCUUCGGGAUCGCGCCUCACCCUGCUACGACCCGAUCCUUCGCAGGGAAAGGUCAUUACACUGCUGUCCCAUGAAGUCUUUGGUAUCAUCCGAUCAAUUGCCGCCUUUCGUCUGGCUGGAAGCAACAAGGACUAUGUCAUUCUCGCUACCGACUCAGGGCGCAUUGCGAUUGUGGAGUACAUACCUCAGCAGAAUCGCUUCAAACAGCAAAAGCUCGAGACCUUUGGCAAGUCCGGUGUGCGCCGGAACAUCCCCGGUCAAUAUCUAGCCUGCGAUCCCAAGGGACGAGCAUGUCUCAUUGCGGCUAUAGAGAAGAACAAGCUGGUCUAUGUGCUGAACCGGAAUUCCCAAGCGGAACUCACCAUCUCUUCGCCGCUGGAAGCGCACAAGCCGGGAACUAUUGUGUUGGCCAUGGUUGCUCUGGAUGUCGGCUAUGCAAAUCCAGUUUUCGCGGCACUCGAAGUAGAUUACUCGGAGUCGGAUCAGGACCCCACCGGCGAAGCCCUUGGGGAAGUUGAGACACAGCUUGUGUACUACGAGCUUGACCUGGGACUGAACCACGUUGUCCGAAGAUGGCAUGAGGCAGUCGAUCAUACUGCAUCUAUGCUCUUCCAAGUGCCCGGCGGGAAUGACGGACCCAGUGGCGUCCUGGUAUGUGGAGAAGAGAAUAUUACCUAUCGACACUCGAACCAAGAAGCAUUCCGUGUCCCUAUUCCGAGACGAAAAGGCGCAACAGAAGAUCCUCAACGGAAACGUUCAAUCGUAUCGGGCGUCAUGCACAAGCUGAAGGGAAACGUCGGCGCAUUUUUCUUCCUUUUGCAAACUGAAGAUGGUGAUCUGUUCAAGGUCACUAUCGACAUGGCAGAAGACGAUGAGGGUAAUGCAACCGGGGAGGUUCGAAGGCUGAAGAUCAAGUACUUCGACACGGCUCCGGUGUCAAUGAGUCUCUGCAUCCUGAAGAGCGGCUUCCUGUUCGUUUCGAGCGAGUUCGGCAACCAUCAUUUCUACCAGUUUGAAAAGCUCGGAGAUGAUGACGAAGAAUUAGAAUUCUCCAGUGACGACUUCCCGACCGAUCCUCAGGCGUCUUACAAACCCGCCUAUUUCUAUCCGAGACCAGCUGAGAAUCUGAGUUUAGUGGAGAGCAUCGAUUCGAUGAACCCCCUUGUUGACUGCAAGGUAGCAAACUUGACCGGUGACGAUGCGCCCCAGAUAUACUCAAUUUGCGGAAACGGCGCAAGGAGUACUUUCAGGAUCCUGAAACAUGGCCUGGAGGUGAACGAGAUUGUGGCUUCAGAGCUUCCUGGAGUUCCGUCAGCGGUCUGGACCACAAAGCUUCGCCGGGAUGAUCAGUAUGACGCCUAUAUUGUUCUAACUUUCACCAAUGGAACCUUGGUGCUCAGCAUCGGUGAGACUGUUGAGGAGGUGUCAGACACCGGCUUUCUCACCUCGGUGCCAACACUUGCCGUUCAACAACUGGGCGAUGAUGGUCUACUUCAAGUUCACCCAAAAGGCAUCAGACACAUCAUCAACGGGCAGGUCAACGAGUGGGCAGCACCUCAGCAUCGCUCUAUCGUUGCAGCCUCGACGAACGCGCGCCAAGUAGCAGUGGCCCUAAGCUCAGGAGAGAUUGUCUACUUCGAGAUGGAUGCUGAUGGAUCCUUGGCGGAGUACGACGAGAAGAAAGAGAUGUUUGGAACUGUCACCUGCCUAAGUCUAGGUGAAGUCCCCGAGGGUCGUUUACGAAGCUCGUUCCUCGCCGUAGGGUGCGACGACUGUACAGUUCGGGUUCUCAGCCUAGACCCCGAAUCCACUUUGGAGAGCAAGUCCGUACAGGCCUUGACAGCCGCUCCGUCGGCCUUGUCAAUCAUGUCUAUGGAAGACUCAUCUUUCGGUGGAUCGACUCUGUACCUGCAUAUUGGUCUCCAUUCCGGUGUCUAUCUGAGGACAGUUCUCGACGAGAUCACGGGCGAGUUGACAGACACGCGACAGAAGUUCCUGGGUCCGAAGUUGGUGCGACUAUUCCAAGUGUCUAUUCAAGGACGCACCUGUGUCUUGGCACUCAGCUCGAGGACAUGGCUUGGGUAUCCAGACCCGAUCAUGAAGGGGUUCAUGAUGACGCCGCUCGACUACACCGACUUGGAAUGGGGAUGGAACUUCAGCAGUGAGCAAUGCGAGGAGGGUAUGGUUGGCAUUCAAGGGCAAAACCUCAAGAUUUUCUCCAUCGACAAAUUAACAGACACCCUGCUUCAACAAUCUAUACCCCUCACCUAUACCCCCAAACGUCUCGCGAAGCACCCUGACCAACCCUACUUUUAUACUAUUGAGUCCGAAAACAACACGUUACCACCUGAGCUCCGCGCACAAUUACUGGCCGAUCCUGCCGCCGUUAAUGGCGAUGCGGCUCUACUACCAGCUGAAGAAUUCGGAUACCCUAAAGGGCGUGGCCGCUGGGCGUCUUGCAUCAGUGUCGUUGAUCCACUCAACGAGAAGCGAGUUCUCCAAACCCUUGAUCUCGGCGAGAAUGAAGCUGCUGUCAGUAUGGCAACUGUGUCUUUCGCCAGCCAGGACAAUGAGACUUUCCUCGUAGUUGGUACGGGCAAGGAUAUGAUUCUCAGCCCUCGUCAAUUCAGUGCGGGAUUCAUACAUGUCUACAGAUUCCGUGACGACGGCAGGGAGAUCGAGUUCAUCCAUAAGACGAAGGUAGAAGAGCCACCCAUGGCGCUUGUCCAGUUCCAAGGCCGCCUGCUGGCAGGAAUCGGCAAGACGCUUCUUUCCUACGACCUCGGUUUACGCCAGCUACUUCGAAAAUCGCAGGCCGAUGUUGCUCCACAGCUCAUUGUCUCGUUGCAGACGCAAGGUUCCCGUAUCGUCGUGGGCGACGUGCAACAGGGCGUGACUUAUGUCGUCUACAAAUACGAGAGUAAUAAGCUGAUUCCUUUCGCCGACGACACUACGCCUCGCUGGACCAAUUGUACGACCAUGGUGGACUACGAAUCGGCGGCCGGCGGUGACAAGUUUGGGAACAUAUGGAUCGUACGAUGCCCCCAGAAGGCGAGCGAAGAGGCGGACGAAGAGGGGAGCGGGGCGCACCUCCAACACGCCAGGGAGUAUUUGCAUGGAUCCAACCAUCGUGUGAGCCUGAUGACGCACUUCUAUGCUCAGGAUGUUCCGACUAGCAUAAGCAAAACAAACCUUGUGGUGGGAGGACAGGACGUGCUUCUCUGGAGUGGGAUCCAAGGUACAAUUGGUGUCUUCAUUCCCUUCGUCAGCCGCGAAGAUGCCGAUUUCUUCCAGAGCCUGGAGUCACACAUGCGGAGUGAGGACCCUCCACUAGCCGGAAGGGAUCACCUAAUAUAUAGGAGCUACUACGCCCCCGUCAAGGGUGUCAUUGACGGUGAUCUCUGCGAGAGGUUUGCUUUGUUACCCAAUGACAAGAAGCAGAUGAUUGCGGGAGAAUUGGAUCGCUCGGUUAGAGAAAUCGAGAGAAAGAUUUCGGAUGUACGGACCAGAUCGGCAUUCUAA